GAAAAUGCCACUACUUUUCUCCAAAGUCAAUAUUUAAAUAUAUUUUAUUAAAAAGAAAAGUGCAGCAGAAAUAGUUCUUUGAUCCAGGGGCUCCUCCAGCUUAUUGCUUAUAUAUACAUAACGACAUCAAAGUACAGAAGUUUGUCAGAGAAUUAGCUUAGCUUCUUUAAAAACAGCUCAAUGUCUACCAAGAAUUCCACCCCCACCACUAUCCCACCACUACCACCGUCAGCCGCCGGGAAGUUGAACGGAGAGCCACCAUCUGAUCACGAAAGAUGUCCGGUGGAGGAGGUGGCGUUGGUAGUUCCAGAAACAGACGACCCCACUUUACCUGUAAUGACAUUCAGAGCAUGGUUUCUUGGACUGACUUCAUGCACUCUCUUGAUUUUUCUCAACACUUUCUUUAUAUACAGAACUCAGCCUUUAACUAUUUCAGCUAUUCUCAUGCAAAUAGCUGUGCUCCCAAUUGGGAAAUUCAUGGCUGCUACACUUCCUAAAAGGAGUUACACUCUGUUUGGGAGAUGGGGUUUUAGUUUAAAUCCAGGGCCAUUUAAUAUCAAAGAGCAUGUUGUUAUUACAGUUAUGGCCAAUUGUGGUGUUUCCAUUGGAGGAGGUGAUGCUUAUUCCAUUGGGGCUAUUACUGUUAUGAAGGCUUAUUAUAAGCAAAGCUUGAAUUUCCUUUUUGCUCUUCUUAUUGUCUUGACCACUCAGCUAGUGGGGUAUGGAUGGGCUGGGAUGUUGAGGAGAUACUUGGUUGAUCCUGUGGAUAUGUGGUGGCCGUCAAACCUUGCUCAAGUCUCCCUAUUCAGGGCACUUCACGAGAAGGAACAAAAAACAAGAGGCUUGACAAGGAUGCAGUUUUUCCUUGUAUUUAUGGCUGCAAGCUUCGCAUAUUACGCUUUCCCAGGCUAUCUAUUUCCGAUUUUAACCUUCUUCUCAUGGGUUUGUUGGGCAUGGCCACGUAGUAUCACAGCUCAGCAAAUUGGCUCUGGAUACCAUGGCCUUGGCGUGGGUGCUUUUACUCUCGAUUGGGCUGGUAUAUCAGCAUAUCAUGGAAGUCCGUUAGUGACACCAUGGACCUCGAUUCUUAAUGUUGGCAUUGGAUUUAUCAUGUUCAUAUACAUCAUCAUUCCUCUAUGUUACUGGAAGUACAACACUUUUGAUGCCCGGAAGUUCCCUAUCUUUUCAAAUCAGCUGUUCACAUCUAGCGGCCACAAAUAUGAUACCACUAAGAUCUUGACCCCACAAUUUGAUCUCAACAUUGCUGCUUAUGAAAGUUACAGCAAGCUCUACCUCAGUCCUUUAUUUGCCCUCUCAAUUGGAUCAGGAUUCGCAAGGUUUACUGCAACCCUCACACAUGUUGCACUAUUUCAUGGCAGUGAUAUCUGGAAGCAAAGUAGAUCUGCUGUGAAGAAUGUCAAAUUGGACAUCCAUGCAAAAUUGAUGAAGAGUUACAAGCAAGUUCCUCAGUGGUGGUACCUCGUAUUAUUGUUCGGUAGCAUAGCCCUUUCACUUCUGAUGUGUUUUGUGUGGAAAGAAGAUGUGCAGCUGCCAUGGUGGGGUAUGCUGUUUGCGUUUGGUCUUGCUUGGAUUGUUACUCUCCCUAUAGGAGUCAUACAAGCGACUACCAACCAGCAACCUGGAUAUGACAUAAUUGCACAGUUCAUAAUUGGUUACAUCCUCCCAGGAAAACCAAUUGCGAACUUGAUUUUCAAAAUCUAUGGCCGGAUCAGUACCAUUCAUGCUCUCUCCUUUUUAGCCGAUCUUAAACUUGGUCACUACAUGAAAAUUCCACCACGAUGCAUGUACACAGCUCAGCUUGUGGGGACACUGGUUGCCGGAACAGUAAACCUUGCAGUGGCAUGGUGGAUGCUAGGAAGCAUCGAGAACAUUUGUGAUGUUGAGACUCUUCAUCCUGACAGCCCAUGGACCUGUCCAAAAUUCCGAGUUACAUUUGACGCUUCUGUCAUAUGGGGUCUAAUUGGACCAGAGCGAUUGUUUGGUCCUGGAGGAUUAUAUAGGAACUUGGUAUGGUUAUUCCUCAUUGGUGCAGUGCUGCCGGUGCCUGUUUGGGUGCUAAGCAAAGUCUUCCCUGAAAAGAAAUGGAUCCCAUUGAUCAACAUACCAGUUAUAUCUUAUGGUUUUGCCGGAAUGCCACCAGCCACGCCAACCAAUAUCGCUAGCUGGCUCAUUACCGGAAUGAUAUUCAACUAUUUUGUAUUCAAAUACCGGAAAGAAUGGUGGCAGAAAUACAACUAUGUUCUGUCAGCUGCCCUGGAUGCUGGAACAGCUUUUAUGGGUGUUUUAUUGUUCUUUGCUUUGCAAAAUGAGGGCAAAAACUUGAAAUGGUGGGGAACUGAGUUAGACCACUGUCCCUUGGCAACUUGCCCUACAGCCCCUGGGAUUGUAGUGGCAGGAUGUCCAGUUUUCAAGUAGCCCACAAGAGAAAAAAUGAUUGAAUAUUAGUAUUAGACAAGUUUAGUCUUAAACAAGUCUAAACUGGUGUAAGUUAUUUAUAACAAGCAUUGAUGUAAUUUUGAGUAUAACUUGUAGCUUUGCGCCAUGUAAAUGAUUUGAUUGUCAAUCAUUAAGCAAUUCAAUGAGUUUCCUCCUUCUCAA